AGGAGCAGCGGAAGGGGUAGGCUGACUUACGGUCGAGUCCAAGAUGGGCGUCGCUGUCCUUCUGUCGUCGGACGUCACCGAAGCGCCCAGCUGAACCAUAGCUUCCUGAUGCAGACCUGGUCACGAACGUCACCUGAUGCCGGCCCCGAGGCAUGCAAGUAGGUACCGGAACUACUGGAAAGAUCAGAAUGUGCCCCAUGAAAAUUUUUCACUUUUCUUUGGAUCUACGUUCCAGUUGAUAUUCAAGCCGUUUCAAGUUGUCGAAGGAGCUCUCUACAAAAAAUACGGACGCUUGUUUGGAUCCUUUGAAGACGGCAAACCAGUUCUUUAUGUAGCUGAGCCGGAGCUCCUCAAGGACAUAUUUGUCAAGGACUUCGCGCUUAGCCAAAGAGUUAAUCCGAAAUUCGACGACCCGUACUUGGCCAACAUGAUGACAGUGGUGCCCCCCAAGGAAUGGAAGAAAAUUCGUUCUGCCACAAGCCCGGCUUUUACAACAGGAAAACUGAGAAAGAUGCACGACCUAAUUGAGCAAAGUGCCCAACACAUGUCUCGCAAGCUGAAGAACGCAGCAGAAAAAGAGCUUGACGUUGACAUGAAACGAUUUUAUGGUCACUUCACUCUAGACGUCACAGCCAGCUGUGCAUUUGGAACCAAAUUAGGAAAUGAUUCUGAAGACACAUCCAACUUCGUCAUUUCAGCAAAAAACGCGUUUUUUGCGAAGAUAACAUUCCUAGUGGCCAUUCAAGUCUUCUUUCAACGGUUUAUGAAGACCCUUCGGAAAAACAUAUUCAAUAUGGAUGCGUUUGAGUUCUACAAGGAGGCGACAAUGAGCAUCAUUCAGAAGCGAAAGGAAGGAAAGCAGGUACAUGACGAUUUUCUUCAAAUGAUGCUGAACGCUCAAGACGAAGCGGUUUCAACUGCCUCAGAAAUAACCGAAUCCCGAGACCAAGAAAUCUUUGAUGUUGACUCGGAAUUGCAGAGCAAAAAGUCGACAGCUGUCAAAAAUUUAACUGAAGAAGAAGCGCUGGCUCAGUGCGUUCUAUUCUUUCUCGCUGGUCAAGACACGGCCUCCACACUGGCCUCAUUUACUUCGUACAUUCUGGCUGUCAAUCCAGAAGUACAAGAAAAGCUCAGGAAAGAAGUGGACAACUGCUUUGAAAAACAUGGAGGUUCACCAACCUACGACGCUAUAUCAAAGCUCAGCUACCUCAACGGAGUGAUCUCAGAAACACUUAGGAUGUUUCCUCCAGCCCCACGAUUGGAAAGGAGUCCAAUGGUUGACUAUGUGCUUGGAGAAACAGGAAUCAAAGUGCCUAAAGAUAGUGUAAUAGCCAUUCCGGUCUACUCAAUGCACCAUGAUCCGGAGUUUUUCCCUGACCCUCAUACGUUCAAUCCGGAACGGUUUAUUGGCGAAAAUACCAGCUCAAUUCGUCCCUACACCUACCUUCCGUUUGGUGCUGGUCCACGAAAUUGCAUCGGCAUGCGGUUUGCUCUGCAAACAGUGAAGACCUGCAUCUUGCACGCUGUUCACAACGUCGAAUUCAUACGCACUCCACGAACAAAGGUUCCACUUGAGCUUCAUCCUGGCUUUGGACUUUUAAAUCCCAAGGACCUUACCGUAGGACUCCGCCUGAGAAAAUUAUAAUGCUUCUUCUAAUACCAGAAACAUCUUUGAUGCAGCGCUGCUCGACAGUAAUGCCAGAGGAAAAUCAAUAAUUCAACCUUAGACGAAACAUUUUACCAGUGUGAAAUUACAUGUAUAUGUUCUUUUGUUUGCGUCGAAUAUAAUAUUCUUUUUAUUUAAGCUAGGGGCGGACAGGAACCAAAUCAGUGAGUUUUAAUCACUUAAGUUUGUCCUCCCAAUAAUAAACAAAAUCAAAUGUUAAUUGACAAUGCCAUCCUGAUCUGAGAUUUUUUUUUCUUCCUUUAGCUUGCGAUUCUGUAGUUGUUGUUUUUUUCCGCACUUUUUUUUUUAUUUGGGGAAGUUGACCGUAACAGUUGAUUAUGAGUUUUUAUUACCUAAAAUUGACUAAAAUAUGAGGAACGAUACGGAGUCUUUAUGCCAAUGUAUAUCUUGAUGGAGCUUUCAGCUUUGUAGCUUCACUCUUAUCUUUGUCAUUGUAUAUUUUGAUAGGUCAUUUUUAUAACCUUGUGGUUCACUAGAUUUUUAUAUAUGUAUAUUUUGGAUAUCUUGUAUUUCUGUGCAGCAGUUUUUCAACCGUUGUUUUCUUGUUUUAUGUGCAACCAUUGUUUCUUUGUAGCGUUAUUUAUGUUUACCGCCCACCCUGCUUGGACCUCGAAGAGUCCGCAGUAUGUACUAAAUAAAUAAAUACCUAAUCAGCCACGACUAUA